GCAAAAGUUUGUUUCCACCGAAGCCGUCCCCUCAGUGGCGAGGAGUUAGAUAAAGCUGCGAAGUGGCUCAUCGACUUUGAGUACUUACGUCGGACCCGCUACCGUUGUCACUGACGUCGCCAUGAGUAACAUCGAAUUUCAGCCAGCUGAGACAAUGACGGUCCAACUGGGCCGUCCAGAUUCCGGCACCCCAUGGGGAUUCCGUUUACAGGGUGGCACGGAUUUCAGCACCCCCCUCUCAGUGCAAGUUGUUCAACCAAACAGCGUUGCCGAGCGGUGUGGCCUUCAGGCGGGAGACGCCAUCUUGAGAAUCAACGCAGCAAACACAGACAACUUGACACAUGAAAAUGCCAAGAUGGAAAUAGUUCGGUCAGGAAAUAACAUCGACAUGCUUGUUGCCAGGGGAGCAGUGAAGAUCUGGAAGCCACAAGUCACACCAUUGUCCUCACUCCGACCAGCUGAACUCAAACCCAUCGUUGCAGCAACAGGAGAGGAGUUUGUUCCCGUACAGAAGACAUCCCUCGUCAUGAACAAGCCCGAGUCUGAACCAUGCAGAAUAGGCAGCACUCACAACCGGGCAGCGAAGCCAUUUGGUGCUGCAGCUGGUGGUGGUGGGAGCAAGACUGCCACGCCCAAUGUCGUCCACUCACAGUAUAACACGCCCAUCGGGCUCUACUCAGCAGGAAACAUCGCCUCUACCUACUCCUCACAAACGGCUGGUAUACAACGUGAGAUGGAGAAGUUGGAUGUGAGUACUUCUGACGUGGGUGCUCGGAUGAGUGGGACCUACCAACCCAUGGGUGGAGAAGAACAGCAAGGUCAGGAGAGUGCACGCUUCCAGGAGACCCCAGACGGGCAGGAACCCGAAUAUAAGGGCUACACUAACCCGCAUGUUCAGUCACGCACGUUCAAGGCCCUGCAGGAUAACUUAGAGGAGCAGGGCGAGCUGCCACAAUCAGGAGCAGGAUUCCGGUCCGUAAAAGCUCCAACUGCUCUCCCUGCAAGUCAGAAGAAGCCUCAGCAACCGUCCAUGAGAUGCGGAGGUUGUGACAUGCUUGCUCAGGGUGUGAUUGUGAAAGCCAAUGGAGUUCCUUACCAUGUGGCCUGUUUCAAGUGUGCAGCAUGUGGUAUGAACCUCAAACAGAAAGGUUACUUCGUGGUUGAGGAGAAGCUGUACUGUGAAACCCAUGCAAGACAGAGGGCCCAGGCCCCAGGGCCUGACAUGGUGUCUGUACCGGUCUACAGGUAAAUAUUUUGUUGAAGAUUAUCAAGUUGUGUGCAAGAAGUCCUCCCAGACCAACUACCAGCCCAGCCUGUCAUCCCUGUUUCCUUCCAUAGACUGACCAGUCAUAGCAUAUAGAAGAGUUCACUUGUAGAUAAUGGGGAUGAUAAGAUGAAAAAGGCAUUACAAUAGAUCUGGAAGCUAGAGACACCUCAGCUUUAUUCCCUAGUUGUCUCCCCUAUCGGCUGAGUUUAGACAGGGUUGUCAUCAAAUUCAUCCUCAUCUGACGUGGAGCUUGUUUAUUCAAUUUUACUUUCAUUCAUUGUGUCAUGACUGUGAAUCACCUUUUGACAAAAGGUGUCAAGAGAUCUGAUAUUUUUUUGUCACUACAUAUCAACAAAUUUUAGUUUGUUACAUCCAUUUUAUUUGGGAAUUCUGUAUUUUGUUUAUUUAUCACAACAAUUGUUUUAAAAACAAAUCCUUUUUCCCGGGACAAAUAUGCUAAAUUAUCCAUGCCCAAAAGGCAUUUACAAUGCAAUUAUCAUGGUACAGUUGUCAAUGUAUAUUAGCAGCUCUAUGACUGGUUUCCAGAAGGUAUUCUGCUACCUAGUCCUUAAGAAAUGCCAGCUUAUGUACUGUUUACAACUAUAAACAUCACAUAUUAAAACAAUAUUACUAUGGUAUGAUUUCUUUCAUUCCAUUAUGACAAGAAUUUGAUAGUGCAAACUUGAAGAUAAUUUCGACAUCUGGAAAAUAAAAAAAUAAAUAGCUGACAUGAUUCAUGAUAGUGUUCCAUGAUUUCUACACAAAGCCCUCUUAGUGUUCAUGGUUUGUGUUUUUCUGCUGUAUUUACUUGUUUCUGUUCUGAAAGCAAGGUUUAUUUUUUUAGCAAGAUGUAAGCAGUGUUAUGUUAAUUUUUUGCUCAAACAACUUUCAACAGCUCUACUGAUUGUGUUUGUUUACAAUACAAGUAUGUGUUUUGUGAUGCGGUGUUCCUUUUGAAAGGUAUUUUUUUAUUGAAAGAAAACAACAAACAGAUCAAAACAAUCAUUUGGUCGCCUAAAUGGUGAAAUAAGUUAAUUUACUUUACAAAUGGUUUGAAAUCCUAACCUAGUUUUUCCCAAGUCAGCUUUCUCGUAAAGGGAAGUAACUCCUAGUUGCAAAGAAUGGUAAACUAAGCAAGGGUAAGUUCAUUUGUUACAAAUUGUAAGGGAAGUAACUCUGAAUCCCAACAAUGCACACACAGAUGUGAGAUAGUUAUGAGAUGUUAUAAGUGAUGAUUGUUAUGAGAUGCAUAAUGGUUUAUGCAUAUAUUUAUCGAGUCAUAAUGAACAUGUGAUGAGCAAAAUAAGAAGUGAAGUUUAAACUCCUGUGAUACAAGUGGUGAUAGCAUUGCAAAAGAUAUUAAAGCAGAACGUCAAGACAGGGUAACAUUGUAAAUACUAUCAGAGUAGAUCUGUUAUGUAUGUAUUAGAUCAAUAUUUCUGUUAAUAUAAAAUCAUUAUCGGCCAGACAAAUUAAUGAAUUGUUCUUUCUAUAUAUUUAUCUUAAGAGGAAAGAGGGAGAAAUUAUUUAUUCACUGAAUAAAUUUAUUAUUGCUAUGUGCAUAUUACUGUAAUUUUUGUGUAUAUCACAUUUUUUAAGGUUCAUUUUCAGAGCAAUCAUAGUUGAGAGAAGAUGCAAGGAGAACAAAUAGUGUCAAAAUAUUAAGUUAUCAGUAAAAUAUUCAAAUAUUAAGUUUGUCUGGUCUUGAAUAUAAUUGAUAUUUUUAGGUAGUUAAUAGAGAGACUUUUGUAGUAAGAAUCAAUUAAAGCUUCUUUUUUUUAUUUGUAAUCCUUUCAAUCAUCAUGGUCAUAAUUACAUUAUAUAUUUCAAUGGUCAACUCUCCUGUUUAAUAAGGUGCAAUGUGUUAUCCAUUUGUGUGUAUGUUUCAGUUUGCAAGAUGUUUUAACCUGGAAUGUUGUUUUGUGAAAUAUUGUAUGAAUAUUCUUUAAAAAUAUUUCAUAUAUUUCUGUUAUUUUGCUGUCUGGAUAUGGAGUCAGAUAAUUUCAUAAUUGAAGUUACAUAAUAUUUUGGUGAAAAUAUUUUCACAACCAUUAAGGGUACUAACCAAAGAAUAAGUUUAGGCAUGUCAAGUUUUAAUUUUUUUAGGACUUAGAGUUGUGAGUACAUGUUUUUGGAUAAUUCAUAACAAUGAUAAAAAUUAUUUAUGUUUGGCAUUCAUGUCCUAGACAUUGAUUUUGAUAUUGAAAGCAUGUAUUUUUUAUAUUUAUUGGUAGAUGUUUGUGACACAAACACUUACAGUUCCAUUUGGAAGAGUAACAAAGAAACACCAUCUCAUGAACAGCCAAGCAUCUGCAAGUGAGAUGGGCUGUUAUACCAUAUAGCUAUGGGCUACAUGUAUACGGGCUGUUAUAGCAUAUCAAUGCUAUUGGCUACAUGUAUACAAGCGGAGUGCUAACAUUGGUGCUAUAAAACACAGGGUGGCUGUGUUCAAAUCAGUAGGGCCAGAAUGUUCCAUUAUAUCAAAAUAUGGCAAUAAAAUUUUGCUUUUUCAGUUUUCAA